GUCCAGCACUGCUGGACGUACGGUCAAAUCUGGUCUCGUGGCUUCCGCCAUUGUGUCGAGUUGGACGGUCCGAUACGCUUUCAGGCACACACGUCGAGGUAUGCCGACCUUCAUGGAUAGUGGGCCGCGAAGACCCUGCAAUCCUCACCCGUUGCUUUUCGAUAUGGAGUCGCGGCGCUUUCCGGUAUGCUUCCAGGACCACAGCGCAAAUCCUUCUCUUCGCGACGCUUGCGAUCGAGCUCAAGAGAAAGGCGUACAUGCAUGGAAGUCGCUCGAGCCCGAGACGGCGCCAUCACCCAUCUCGUCUACAUCGUCCUCGGUCUGAUGACCUACAUCUUGGUGAACGCGCAGCUUCUCGCCGGCGGUUCCACCGUUGUCCAAUCCUCGACUGGAGUCUCAGACUGCCGCUGCUUGCUUUAUCUUUACAAUUGGCGUCAUCCUGUACACCAUGUCCGGCGGGGUCAAAGCUACGUUCAUUAUGGACUAUUUCCACACCUGUGUUCUCAUCAUCAUGCUCCACGUCUUCGCUUUCACGGCUUACGCCACGGGGUUCCGAGCUGAGAUCCUCAAGUAUUGUUUAUGACAGACUCAUUGCGGCCGGAGAACAGCACCCCGUCGCGGGAAACAAGGACGGCAGCUAUCUCUCAUUCAAGUCCACCCAAGGCGCUAUCUUCUUCGUCAUCAACAUCGUUGGGCAUUUCGGUACAGUCCUGUCCAAUGCCAACGAGAAACGGCAGCUAAACUUCAAGUACGUCCUCAGCUGUGCGGCCCUGUCGUGGCUAGAUUAUCGCAUCUCCGCUCAACAUCACAGGCCAUGGACACCGCAGCUCAUCUGUUGGUGGCGCCGCGUGUGGUGAAAGGCUGGAGAAGCUCUACUUGGCCCCGCCUUCAAGAUAUCUCCCUCCAAACUUUUAUUUCCACUGCUAUCGCUCAUUCGUCACAUCUCCUGCCAACCUCGAAGGCUAAAGACAAUGGCAGCGCCUCUUUUGGCAGCACUCCCUUUGGCUGUGGAGAUGAAAUGGGCCAAUUAGUCAAGUGGCUGAUGUUCGGAGCUGCUACUUCAAUCGAAACUCCUGCAUGGGAUUUGGACUUGAGAACAACUGAUUUGAAGAGAGUAUGGUGAG